AUGAUUGUUGGACUGGGGAUCACGUAUACCACAGAACCGCCAAUAUCAUUUGCAGUGUUGUCACAGCGCUUAUCUGCGACUGGUAGAGGAAGUUCAAGUACUUUCCUUGUGGAGCUGGCAAAAACGUCAGCUGCUGAGGCAGAAAAGGGACCAUUCAAAACAGCUCCUUUUGAUCCACGUUUUCCAAACCAGAAUCUGACAAGGUAUUGCUACCAGAGCUAUAUUGACUUUCAAAAGUGCAAGCAAUUUAAGGAUGAAGAAUAUGAGGCCUGCCAAUAUUUCAAGGGAGUUAUCAAGUCUAUCUGCCCAAAGGCUUGGAUUGAGAAAUGGGAUACUCAGGUGGAAGAAGGGGUUUUUGCUGGGAGGUUAUGAAUAACUAUUAAUCACAUUUUGAGUUGGUUUAUUUUGUUAUGAAAAAUAGAUAUUUAAUUAUAAAUUUCUAUACUAAGAUUUGCAAUGCAUAAUUUAAUAGUUAAGACAUAGUUACUUAUUCAUAUAUUUAUAUUUUUUAAUAUGAUUUUCUGUAUUACAGUUGAAUUAUCUCAUCAAUUUCAAAAUAAAAUUGUAUGAUAAUUAAUUAUUACCUCACAUUUCAGUAAUGAUUUGUUUUUAAAUUGUAUUCUGAGAAUAGAUUUGAUAUGUAGAUAUAAACAAAGAAUUGAAAUAAGUAGUAUUCUAGUUAUUAAAAUGGUUAAUAAUAAUUAUUUUUAUCAUAUAAUUACACUACCAAUAUUUGAUGAUUAUUCGCAAGGUAAUAAAUUAUGUUAUCUCAGUUAGACCCAUAGUCUCUUAGUUAAUUAUGCCCAUUUUCCUCAUAAAUAUAUAUGUAUAUACAACUUUAUUCCCACAUGCUGAUGUAUCACCAAGUUUUAAAGUUUAAAAUAAGCUUUUUUUUAUUAGAAAAUGUUCAUUUAGAUCCAUUUAGC